UUCAUUCGCUUUUGGGCCUUUCCUUCAUUGGAGUCCAUCACGUAACUCCUUGCUUACUCACGUUGCUGCGAAUCGCUCUCCUUCUGCUUCUUCUUCUUCUUUCUCUGUCUUUCAGCCUCUGUAUGUCACCGGCCACUUCUUAGGAUCGCCGGCUUUUCAGAGAUUUUCUGUAAGAGAACAACCAUAGAUUUGCUCAUUGAGCUUUUAGUCUAUGUGCCACGAUCUUGAAUAUGAUAAUGAAUGGAAGAGUAGGAAACAGAAAAGAUUGAUUCCAGUCUUCAGGAACUACAAUCAUCUGCAGUUAUGUGCUCAUGCAAGUCGGUAGAACAAAUUAGCAAUCGGGAGGAAGAAUUAGCACUUGUCAAACUGCUGCAUUCUCUGUAAACGAAAUGGAUGUGGCUUUUUUCCCGUUAAGUUAGUGAAGGGUUAAUGAAGCUAUUUGAUUUUUCAGCAAGGAGCAAGAGAAGCUCCGGAGAUCUCUGCACAUCCUUAUUAACCAUUCUUAUUAAAGGGUUCUAUCCAAGAAACGUUAUCAGAUACUAUAUAACGUUCUUUCACCAAAAUAUUCUGUGCUGUUAGUGCUGACGUAUCUUAAAGAUGGACAGAUUAGAGUAGUAUGUUGUAAAAAGUGUUAUUGUAGUUGGGAUAUUUGGAGCUAUAGUGCACACUGUCAGGAGAAUGGAUCUGAACAAGAAGGGGGUACUGUUAUCUUAUGAUAAAGCAGUAAAAAGAAAUGACACCUUCGGAGAUAUUACUUUAAGCUUGAAUUGCCUUGGCUAUGGAGGUAGCAACACAGCUAGGUAUGGGUGUAAUCAAAGUAAUCCUGGAGUGAACUGUCUCAAUGCUUCUGAUGACAACUGCCGGUUGGUCCUUGGGUUGGGCCCAACACCAAGGGCAUGCCUUGAUAAUUAUCACAAUGCUGGCUGCAAGAAGAACAAAGGAUUUGCUACCACGAUGCCUCAGGGGUUGUCAUCUGAGGGUGACUCAACCCUAUGGCUCAGUCUUUCUGGAGGCGGUAACGAGUCUUUGAGUGUGCUUGAUAUCCCUGUUUCAACAGAGACUGAUUUUAAUACCUUCUCUUUCCCAAACCAAGUAUCUGCUGAAUAUGAUCAUCUUCCUGUUCCUGUUAUUGACGAGGGUUCUACCACUGCAAAGAAAUCAGGUGGCAUUCUUUUGGGUCCAAGAAGGGACUGUGCCCUGGUUUCAAUGCAAACACAAGAAGUUCUAGAGCUUGGGACUCAACCCCAGCCAAGCCAUGAAUCAUCCUCUACAACAGAGUUCUCAAUCGAGUACUCAAUUGGCACUAUAUCUGAGCAAGUAACUACUGGAGCAUCUUCAGACCACCAAACCAGCAAUUCUAAGAAAUGCAAAUUUUUGGGCUGCACAAAAGGAGCACGAGGGGCAUCUGGUCUUUGUAUUGGUCAUGGCGGCGGACAGAGGUGCCAAAAGCAUGGGUGCAACAAGGGUGCCGAGAGCCGAACUGCCUAUUGUAAGUCACAUGGUGGAGGUAAGAGAUGCCAAUACCUGGGUUGCACUAAAAGUGCUGAGGGGAAGACAGAUUAUUGCAUAGCACAUGGUGGUGGCAGAAGAUGCGGGUACUCAGGUGGGUGCAACAAGGCUGCACGAGGCAAGUCAGGCCUUUGCAUUAGACAUGGAGGGGGUAAGAGGUGUAAGGUACAAGGCUGCUCUCGGAGUGCUGAAGGACAGGCUAGUUUGUGCAUCUCUCAUGGGGGUGGACGCCGUUGCCAAUUCCAAGGAUGUACAAAGGGUGCGCAGGGGAGCACCAUGUUUUGCAAGGCACAUGGUGGUGGUAAGCGUUGCAUAUUUGCUGGGUGCACCAAAGGUGCUGAAGGGAGCACACCACUGUGCAAGGGACAUGGUGGGGGAAAGCGCUGCCUCUUUGAUGGUGGUGGGAUUUGCCCAAAGAGUGUACAUGGAGGCACGAACUUUUGCGUUGCCCAUGGUGGUGGAAAGAGGUGUGCAGUGCCUGACUGCACAAAGAGUGCACGUGGCCGCACAGAUUUUUGUGUUAGGCAUGGUGGAGGAAAGCGGUGCAAGUUUGAAAACUGUGGGAAGAGUGCCCAAGGGCGCACCGAUUUCUGCAAGGCUCAUGGCGGGGGAAAGCGGUGUGGUUGGUCAGAGGGGAAAUGUGAGAAAUUUGCGAGGGGUAAGAAUGGUCUAUGUGCCACUCACAGUAACAUGGUCCAAGAGCGGGAGAUGAAUAAGGGAGGCUUGUUUGCACCGCAACUCUUUCAUGGCAUUGUAACCGGUGCUUCAACUGCAGGGAGUGGUAAAAUUGUCGAUAGUAGUUCUUCCUCCAGAGCCAGUGUUGUACCCACCGGGGUUGAAUUGCUCGAAAGGCCAGGAAAAAGACAACAUCUCAUGUCCCCACAGGUAUUGGUUCCUCUAUCAAUGAAGUCAUCCUCAUCUAAUUCAAGUCUCUUGAGUGCUGAGAAGACAGAGGGAGGGAGGGAUGCCUUUGGAAUUGGCAUUAGCAGUGGCAGCGGGAACAAAAGCUCGGAGUUUAUGGUUCCGGAGGGGAGAGUCCACGGCGGGGGACUCCUGUCAUUGUUUGGUGGAAAUUUGAAGAAUGCAAUUGAUGGGAUAUGAAGUUGGUCCCUCAACUUGCAGAGUUUAUUUCACUUUAUGUUGUAAAUUAGGGACUUCUUAGUGGUUAACUGUGCAUAAGGUGUUGGAGCUUGCUUGAUCAAAGACUAAUAAUGUAUCUUUUGUCAUUUUGUUAGUUUUAAUAUUAUGGGCAAUUUUAUUGUAUUUGGAGAUUAUGUAAUAAUUGGCCAAGCCUUGGUUUCUUGGGUAUGAAACAGACAUUUA